CUCUGUCUCACAGCGUCUUUCUUCAGCUGCCGGUUGGGGAAGCUCUCUGUGUUUUAGUGUAAUAGUAGCUGUGAUUCAGCGGGUCUGAGCUCUGAAAGCGGACAGUUCUUCAGCAGAAUGCCUUUCCAGUACCCGAGCGCGUUCAGAGAUGAAGCGGUGGUGGACGACUACCAUGGACAGAAGGUUCCUGAUCCCUACAGCUGGCUGGAGGAUCCUGACAGUGAGAAAACUCAGGCUUUUGUAAAUGCUCAGAAUCAGCUGACGUUGCCGUUCCUCGAGGAGUGUCCAGUCAGAGAGGUUUUUAAAGAGCGCAUGACUGAACUCUACGACUACCCCAAAUACAGCUGCCCCUUUAAGCGUGGGAAUAGAUAUUUUCACUUCUAUAAUACUGGCUUGCAGAACCAAAGUGUUCUGUAUGUUCAGGAAAACCUGGAGGCAGAACCGAGUGUGUUUUUAGACCCAAACACGUUCUCGGAUGACGGAACAGUAGCUUUGCGAGGUUAUGCAUUCUCAGAGGAUGGAGAGUACCUGGCAUACGGUACCAGUGCGAGCGGUUCUGACUGGGUAGAGAUUCACUUCCUGCGAGUGGAUGGAGCCAUGCUUCUGGAGGACCGUCUGGAGAGAGUGAAGUUCAGCUGCAUGUCCUGGACCCAUGAUGGAAAAGGAUUAUUCUACAAUUCCUACCCUGACCAGGAGGGCAAGAGUGAUGGCACGGAAACAUCCACUAAUCUGAAUCAGAAGCUGUAUUACCAUGUGCUGGGAACUCCUCAGUCUCAGGAUGUGCUGUGUGCAGAGUUCCCUGAACAGCCAAAGUGGAUGAGUGGAGCUGAGGUUUCUGAUGAUGGUCGUUACGUGUUGUUGUCCAUCAGAGAAGGGUGUGACCCAGUAAACAGGCUGUGGUACUGCGAUCUCAACACGCUCCCUAAUGGCAUUACAGGCUUGUUACCCUGGGUGAAGCUGAUUGAUAACUUUGAUGCUGAAUAUGAGUAUGUAACAAACGAGAACACCGUGUUCACGUUCAAAACCAACCUGGAUGCACCACGUUACCGACUUAUAAAUGUGGAUUUCGCCAACCCGGAACAGAGCCAGUGGAAGGAACUCAUCCCUCAACACGAUAAAGAUGUUAUUGUUUUUGCUACCUGCUCUUUCUCCACCAACCUGUUCGUGUGUUAUCUUCAUGAUGUGAAGAAUGUGCUGAAGAUGUAUCAGCUGGCAUCAGGAGAGGAGCUGAAGACUUUUCCUUUAGAAGUGGGCUCCAUCGUGGGCUUUACCGGCCGCAAGAAGGACUCUGAGAUUUUCUACUAUUUUACCUCUUUCCUCUCACCAGCCGUCAUCUAUCAUUGUGACCUGACCAAAGCUCCUCUACAGCCACACGUCUUCAGAGAGGUCACAGUUAAGGGCUUCAACCCUGCAGAGUACCAAACCACACAGGUGUUUUACCCCAGUAAAGAUGGAACUCAGAUCCCCAUGUUUAUUGUGCACAAGAAAGACAUUCAGUUGGAUGGCUCCCACCCCGCCUUCCUCUAUGGCUACGGAGGAUUCAACAUCUCUAUAACUCCAAGCUACAGCGUUUCCAGGCUCAUCUUUGUACGUCAUCUGGGUGGAGUUCUAGCCGUGGCCAACAUCCGUGGAGGAGGAGAGUAUGGAGAAACAUGGCACAAAGCUGGUAUGUUGGGGAACAAGCAAAAUUGCUUCACAGAUUUCCAGUGUGCAGCGGAGUAUCUGAUAAAGGAGGGCUACACCUCAUCAAAGAAACUCACCAUCAAUGGCGGCUCCAAUGGAGGCCUACUCGUGGGAGCGUGUGUGAAUCAGAGACCUGAUCUGUUCGGCUGUGCUGUAGCUCAGGUCGGAGUGAUGGACAUGCUCAAGUUCCAUAAGUUCACCAUCGGCCACGCCUGGACCACCGACUUUGGCUGUUCAGAGAUUAAGGAACAGUAUGAUUGGCUGAUCAAGUACUCUCCUCUUCAUAACAUCCGCGUCCCGGAGGGCGAGGGUGUUCAGUACCCGGCUGUGUUGUUGUUGACAGGUGACCACGAUGACCGCGUAGUUCCUCUGCACUCACUGAAGUACAUCGCCACCCUGCAGAAUUUGAUUGGUUGCUGGUCCGGCCAGUCAAACCCUCUGUUCAUUUAUGUGGACACAAAGUCGGGGCAUGGGGCUGGGAAGCCCACCACUAAGGUCAUCCAGGAGGUGGCCGACACGUACGCCUUUAUUGCCCGCUGCCUGGAUCUCAGCUGGAUGGAUUAACACACACACACAGCCUUUCACUACAGCUUCUCCUCUUUUCCUCGUCAGCAUUUGUCUUUCAAUUCCUUUUUUUCCUCCUUGUCCCUUAUACCAUCCCCCCCUCCCUUUCAUCCUUAACGUUGCUCUUAUCCUCUCCUCAGGUGUCAGCUAGAUUAUUUUGGUGUGUCUCCCUCAACAGCUGACCCUGUUAAUGGUUAGCCCAUUUUGAUUCGCUCACAUUUCAAACCUGUCCAUGUUAGCUGGACAGUUACAGCGAUAACGGCCCCGGGACACUUUGCACAGACACGUUUGAUUAUUUAUUGCAAUUACUUUAAUUAAUAUGACUUAGGUUCUUUAAUCUUCAAUUACAGGUUAGCAUCACUGAAUGACGUGUUAUCUUUGUGUGUGUGUGUGUGUGUGUGUGUGUGUGUGAGAGCGUGAGAGCAUGAGAGACUGUCUGUGUAGAUGUACAUUGUGGAGCCGGAGCUGGGAGUGUAUUAAGCAGUCAUAUCUUUAAGGACUGAAACUUGUUUCUACCUCCAGAAUUAUGCAGAUUGUUUUUACUCUUAAAAAGGGGAAAACACUUACACAACACAAAAUAAACCGAUCUAAUAAAA